GAAAAUAAAUUAUUUUUUGCGAACAAGUACGUUUUCUUUCAUCUGUUUCUCGAAUCGGCACAUUUUUUCGGGGAAAAUUACGCUCAGCGCGCUCAGCUGUCAUCUUCAUAGCCAUUAUUAGAUGUUUUUGUCGUGAUAGAACAAUUACCAGUGAAAGUUUCAUUAAAUUUAACAAUUUUAGAAGUUGUAUCAUGUGAAUACACAGUACACAGUGUAAGGCUGACAAAGAAGCUUCAAUGAAGCCUUGUAGAGUGAUUUAGAUGCCAAGAAAGCAGGACAAUCCUCAUCAAAAACAUCUGUCGAUCCGUGGCUCACCCCCUUCCGAUCCGUGGAACACCUGAUUAAGUGCCUUCCGAUCCGCGAAACACAUUGCAUAUUUACAAUUACACCUAUAUAUUAUUAAUUUCCGUAAUUAGCAAAAGUGUCAAUGUCAAUACACAAAAAUGAUUAAAUGGAUCACUAGUAUAUCAAUUGGCAUGUAAAAAAAUACCAAAUAGUAUUUUGGAACUCAUAUAUUCAACUAACUAUGGAGAACGUCUCUUAACAUUCCGAUCUGUGGUACAAUACCUUUAUUUCAUUAAAAUUGCAGAAUUCAAAAGUCCCUUCAACAUUUUAGCUCAGAUUCUUUUACACAAAGUGUUUCAAGAUUCCGUGCAACUUUUCCAGAUGAGCAAGUAGAUGUUGAUAGUAAUGCUUGAGGAAGUCUAAGUCGUCAAGAAGCUAUUCAGUUAGUCCUCGAGUCACCAAAAGUUGAUAGUGGCUUCGAUUAGGCACAGUGGAAGUGAAAGAAGCUUCUGAAAGAUUGAAGGUAGACCCUCGAAGGCUUCCAGGAGCGAUUAAAGGUCCGGCAUGAUAGAAAUAAACCACGUUCUGACGACAUUCAACUCAGGAAGUAUCUGGCUUGCUUUUUAAAGUAAAUCAGAGCGAUCAGAGCAGAUGAUUUUUCAAAAUAUAUUUUAAUAAGCCCAAAUACUAAUGGAUUUGAUUUACUCAAGUUAUAUUUGCAGAAUGUCGUGCAAAUUUUUGAGGGUAUAGGACCAGGUGUGAUUGGAAGAUUGAGCAUCUUCAGGAAAUUCCCCAUUAGUAGCCUAGAAAGUACCACACAGGAUAAUAGCCACCAUCAAAGAUAGAGGAGCAGGAAGAAUUAGAAGAAAAUCUAUGGUCGUCAGUAGAAGAGUUUCCAACGUUCACUGGGUUCGCUAAUAACCAGCGUUUACCGAUCUGCGUGAGGUGUUUAUUCCUGGGGAUUUCUAGGACUCACUGCACUCACGCCAUGUGGAGUCGCAAUGGGAGGAAGUUUAAUGGCCAUGUGAGAUGUCCCUAAAAUCCAUGUUUAUUGCUCUGUGGCAGCGUUGGAGUACGAGAGAAUGAGGUGCACGAGCUCAUGAAGAGCAAAUGGACAUCAUCCGUGACCCUGAUCCACCGGGAGAUUUUAUCCCUAUCUGGACCAACGAUUCAGUUCAUGGCAAUGGAACAAGCAGCGGAGACUGGCUUUCUUCAUCAGGUACAAUCGCCCUUCUUGGCACGUACUGCACCGUGAUCUUUGUGGGCGUGUUCGGGAAUGCGUCCCUUGUUGUGACACUCUGUGCUCAGGGACGCCUCCGAAAUCCUCUACUUCUUGCUCUCUGUGUCGCCGACCUGAUAGUUUCGGGCAUCGCGGCGCCACUCACUGUCGUCAGCAUGGCAUUUAAUUACAGCACAUGGAGUCUACCACCCGCAGCAUGCAAAGCCAUAUCCUUUGUAAAGACAAUGCCUGUGGCUGCGAGUACAUUUUGUUUGUUCAUGCUGUCGCUGGAUCGUUUCGCCACUGUGAAACAUCCACGCCUUGCCCAACUCCGCCAAAGGCGAUUCCUGCCUACCGUCCUUGCACUUGGAGCUUGGCUCACUGCCAUUUUAGUGAGUGUACCUGUAUUGCUCGCCCAUCGUGUUCACUGGACACCUCCCAUUCGAACUGCCUGCCGCCCCGAUUAUGGUGACUAUCAUGUACCCUUCCUCGUCACCCAUACCAUCCUGGUAUUUGUCAUUCCUGGAUUUGGUGUACUCCUCAAUCAUCUGGCUGUUCGUCGAAAGCUCUGUGCGCUUUCUCUAACAGCGCGCGCAGCACAUGGGGAAUUACCCUUGCCAAUGCCAAUCCUCAGACGGCCUACACACAUGAUAAUUGUUACAGGAAUGGCACCAGCACGAGGAGGAGUUGUUGGUCAGCAGGACGAUAGUUCAGAUGGAGGUGGCGCUGCGGAAAGCAAUUUAACAACGCCAGCAUCAACAUCGCGGAAGACAAAAACUAAAACAAUACCAAAAACUCCCAGAACGAUUCGUCGUGAGCAAAUGCGUCGUCGUCAGCGAAGCAAAAAGGCAAAUGAUGCAAGGCAUGGUCCUGAGCUUCCACUGCCUCAGACAUCAACUUUACGAUCCCGGCGUCGUCUUGCAAAUCUUCUAGUAGGUGCUGCUUUGAUUUUCGUUGCCUGCUGGACGCCUCAUGUGGCGUGCAUUUUAGGCACACAACUGGGUAGUGGGACACUGUGCACAAAGACACUGGCUGACUUUAGUCUGUUGCUAGGAUACACCCACUCUGCCAUGUCACCAAUUGUAUAUUGGUUUCUCAAUCAUAACACCCUUCGGCAAUCACUGUCGUGCACACCGUGCUGGCAAAUAUCAUCCGCGCAGAAAUUUCUACGGACGCACUUCCGUCUCGCAGCCCCAUCUCCUCAGCCUUCGUCCACGAAUGAAGCUGCUCUAGGCGCCUUCAAUCCUAGGUACAUCAAGAGUCGGCCACAGCCCAUGCCACGACCGCAAGCCUCGUCACAUUAUCUUUACUGAGGUACGCCCACCAUCGCUAGAAAUUUUCCCACCGCGCACCCAAAUGCAGAUUCAAGUUAUACAGGUAAGGGGGCAUAUCAACUAGACAUAAACUUUCUCUUGCUGCUACUUUCAUGAAACACCGGAAUAAAUCAGUCUUAGUUAGGAAAAGCCAAAGUUAUUACCUAAGAAUCACACGUUUCUACUGAGGUAUCGCUAGAAUGAUGACUCGAUGAUUUUUAAAACACUAUGUAUCUAAUUCCAGCAUAAACGUGAAAAAAAGUAUUCUUAACACACUGGAAAAAAAAUUGUAUUACAAGAUUAAACUGAAGUUUUAUUUAUUUAAGUUCAAGCAACACUUGUGGUCAAAGAACGAUUUUCAAAAUAGAUAUUUUAAAUUUUUCUUGAUAAUUCAUACACGUUGCCAAAUCCUUAUUCUGUUGAACAAAUGCAGUAUAUAAAUAAAUGCAGUGUCGGCCAAAAAUUUCUUCACAAAGCUGCAUUCGAGAUAUUAGGGGGAAAAAUCGUAGAAAAAUUACUCUACUAUUUCUAUUUCUUUUACUAUUUAUACUAUUUCUUUUUGUAAAUAAGUUGCUUAUAAUACAAAGACGUUAUUUAUGUUUUUCGAAAAAAUGGUUAUUUUAUUUCAUAUCAAAAAUAAUUAUUUUUUAAAAGUUGAAUAUUUUUCAUCGGUCAAAAGUUUCUUGGCAUUUUUGAAAAAGUUACUCAAAAUGGUCAAAUACGAGCAAUCAAUAUCAUGUCAAUCAGUUAUAUUUAGAAGUUAUGUCAUUUGACAGGAAAAUAUUGGGUUUGGAUAUGUUUAAGGUCUUUAAUGGUCAAUAUGUGCAUAUAAAAGUGAUGAUAGAUAUAAUGUUUUCCUUUACUGAUAUUGUAUAAUUUAUAUUGAUUAGGAAUGCAUAGAUCUGAAAAACGUUAUUUCCAGACCCAGGUUUUCGAUAGGAGAGACUGGGGCAAAAAGUCACAAAUCGAAAAAUUGAAAAUUCAAUAUCUUCCAAGAUAAAAAAAGAUAGCGGCUCAAAUUUUCUUUCUAUAUAUAGCCUCCAUAGACCUUCUUCAAUGUCGUAAGUUUCUUAGAAUUCGAACAAGGAAUUUAGAAAAUAAAAAAUAUCGAAAUUUUUAGCCCUAUUUUUGAAAUAUUUUCCUUGCAGAAGAUAACAAUUAUUACCUACUUAUUUUCCAAAACUGAUACACUGGUGAAUAUUUUCUAAAUAAUUUGGAUUUUUUGAAUACGAAUUUGCUAUCUAUUUUAGAAUUUCACAAAAGUUCUUUUUCCAGAAAUCCUUUUAUUAAAAAUGUCCACAUGGGGUAAAAAGUAACAAAAGGUAUAGAGCAAAAAGUAACAAAAAAGCGAAGCAAUUUCUGAUGUCUCACGGCGAAAAGAAACGUCAUUAUCAUGUCUCGCCGCUUGUUGUUUGAAUUGGUCAAACGAUUUGCAGUCUUUUGUGUGUUUUUUUCUAAAAUAGCUUGAAAAGCGCUUUUCUCGUUUUCUCGUGUAGAUGAAUAAAUUUUCUAUGAAAAUAUGUCCUCUAUGUAUUUUUUCAAAUUUACAGAAGCCCGUAAUGAAGCGAGUAAAAAUAUGAUAAUACCCCAUGUCUGGUACUAUUUGCCCCAGCAUUUUUGAGAAUAGUCACAAAAUUACCUUUUAGAAAUUGACUCGAUAAACGUAUUUCCUUACAAAAUAGAGGAAAAUUACUUCCACAAAGUUGUAGAGCGAUAAAUUUCCUAUAAAACUGCGCUAAUUAGAAAUUUUGAAGCGCUCGAGUAGCUUGUAAAAAAAUAAAAUAUCCGUUUUGUGACUUUUUGCCCCAGUCUCCCCUAUAGAAGGUUGAUAAGGUAAAGUGCUCUGUUCCUUAAUUCAGCUAGUAGGGUUAUUCAUUCACUUUACGAAGAUUUGCUAUGGUCUAAAACCGGUCCAACAGGCCUAACCUUAUAAGGUCUAUUAAUAUUAUACAUAACGCAAAUCAGUGCAAAUUUGAUAGAAAUUGACUAUAAAACGUUAAAAAAUUGGUUAAAAAAUUCCACCGGCCGAGUUGAGAAACCAGCCUAUGUGAGGGCAAUCUACUUUAUCUGGGAUCUCUCUUGGGAUACUUCUUGGAGAGAAUUUGGAUAGUCAAAAAUGAUUAACUUGUUCCUCACUUUUUAUUUUUUGCACUAUAACGCCAUUUUUCUAAAAGAACUUUUGGUAGCCAGAUUGGGGUGAAAUGAUAAAAUCCCAUACUAUCGAAUUGACAGUACCGAUAGGGGAAAGCGCACUAUACCUUCGGAAGACUCAAGUAGCGAACAACUAUUUUUUUUCAAUAUGUUUUUAAUAAAUUUAACUUAUUAUAAUAUAGUCCAGUGCCUGAAAUUUUCUGAAAUGGGCCAUGGGUCAUAUUCAAUAAAGAAAAAAUAUUGAGUUGUCCGAAGCUAGAGCCGUCCGGAGGUAGCGCGCUUUCCCUUAAAACUGUAUCUGUUUAAAAAAUAUAGUUUUUUUUAACACAUUAUUGGGCCAUUAAUACCAUCCUUAAGAAAAGGCCUGACAAUAAAUAUCUAUACUGGCUACGAAAAGUACAGCUAGUAUUUAAAUUUUUCAGAAUAGACGUCGCGGUACUAUCGAAAAGAAGUUACCAUGUCACCCUGUCAAAUGAAAUUAAACAUAUAAAUGUUAUUUUAUUUUAACAAAGAACAGCAAUUUCUAAUGUGACGAUUCCAUUUCAUACUAUGAUAUCUUAAAAUAAAAUUUAGGAGCACCAUUUAAACAUAUCUCUUGGCUUAAAAAUCUAUACUAAAGCGACUAAAUAUAGCAUGAAAUGAAAUCAGCCACAGUACUACUGUUUGUAUGGCCUUUGACAAUAAAAUGGCUUAUCCAGUAUAAAAUAUAAAAUAUGGAUAAACUUAAAAAUGAAGAAUGUUUAGAAAUCGAUAUUCUUGUGAUCGUUAACUUAUGAUUUGGAAACAUUUUUAAAAUAUCAAAAAUAUAUAUUAUGUUAAGAUUGAGUCGAUGAACUGAAAAAGAAUGAUGGAAAAUAGAUGAGUUAACUUUUAAAACUCUCUUACAGAUUUUUCAACGUAAAAUAAAAAUUUCUUAAUGAAAGUUUAUUAUACUGGGUCGAAGGAACACCUAUCUAUUAACAGGGGAACAUUUAUUUUUGAUAUACCUACACAAAACCUUUUGUGUAUAGGUAUAUAGGUCCAACCUUUUUAUUUUGGAAAUAUUUUUGAUAUACCUACACAGAAAAAUAUAUAUCGUAAAAUUUAUCGUAAAUGUUUGUGAAUUCCUAUUGGGGCCUUACGAAAUGCUUGUAAAUCAUGUAAUCCACUAAAAAGUUCGUUAAAGUUAGUACUUUUUCCACAAAUAUUGUUCGCGUAACAUGAUCACUUGACGAGCAUUUUUGCUCUUUUACAAACAUUUGUUAGUACAUUUAUGUUUGUCCGGUAAAAUUUACAAAAAAAAUUAUUGAAUUUUAGAAGCAUUUUUUCUAUGUACAUAGAAAGAAAGAAACAAAAAUAUACGAACAAAACAAAAAUGCUCGUCAAGUGAUCAUUAUCAUGUUACGAACAAUGUUUGUGAGUAAAUUACAAACUUUUACAAAAUUAUUAGUGGUUUAUAUGAUCCACGAGCAUUUCGUAGAUCCCUAGUAGGAUUCAUAAAAAUUUACAAAUAAUUUUGCAAAAUAUUUUUGUCCGUGUUAAAAAAUACAAGUCAAAUUGACAUAUUUUCUUCAAUCUACCUAAAUAUUCUAUAAAUAAAAAGAUGAAGAGAGGUGUUCAAAUUUCAUAACCCAAAUGGUGUCAACAAAAUCAUGAUAGAAGUUCUUAAUGUUCCUAUAGGUAUUCCUCUCACCCUACUAUCUUUUUAACAAGGCGAGAUAUUACAAAAAUACUUUAUAAAUUAAGUUUUCAAACAUUGUUUCACAUUUUUCACACUGGAACCGUUGUUUUUAGCAACCGCUCCACAAAAAUUAUUAAUGACCUUUAAAAUUAAUUGAAAAUUUAUUCAAAAAACAUUUUACUUAUUCAAUAUUUGUUUUACAAACUCAAGUAAACUAAACUGCAAUUAGCAUUACCGUAUCGUUCAAACAAAAUAAAUUCAAUUUUAUGCUAAAAUACAAAGAUGUCUAUAGAAUGUUGAUUUCUGAUUUAAUUUUACAAGACUCAACUAAGCUCCGACAUCUUUAGCAGUCUGAAAUCGAUUUUAUGAUUUUUUUAAAGGAGAAAUGUAUGAGUAUAAAUUGUCUAUAAAUGGUUUUUAAUCGAGUUAUUUUAGUGGGUAAACCCAAUAAUUUUUUUUUUGAACUCAGAUUAAUUUCCCAUUCAUUCAAUCACAAUAUCUUCAAUUGCGCUGAUUCUUGUGCAAUAAAUAAUUUAUAAAUCAAAUGUGUUCCCUUUGAGUAAAAUUUCUUACAUAUGAAUUCCCGAAAAGUUUAAUCGACCGACGUUUCAGGCUAAAAGUUUUGAUCGUUCUGUUAAUUUGCUAAAUUUUCUUUAAAUAAAUCAUUGACAGUUUAUGGUGCAUAUGGCUCCCUUCUCUAGAAAGUUCUUAUAAGGAAUAAUUGUCUAAGCAUUUGAUGGAAAUUUAAGAGAAUAGAAGAUGCUUCAUUUGGGUGCUUCAUUUGCCACUUGUGUGUCCUAUGAACAUUGUGGAGACACACAAAUGGAUCGUUUUGCGGAAGAGGAAAAUUCAUUUGUGGUGAAAAUCCGAGGCGAAGGGACUUUAUAAUUAAAUCUAAAAUAAGACAGUCAAUGUCUAAUCUCAAAUUGGAAAAUGGAACUAAAUAAACUGAUUAAAUGUAUGAUGACUAUAGUAAAAUUUAUAAGUAAUACUAUCGAAUAAGUGUUAUGUUUUCUGUUGUUCAACAUGACAAGAAAAAAAAAGACAUGGAUGAAAAUCUAUCAUAAUUUUUCCCGUGAUGUUAAAAGAUUGUGGUCAAAUUGAAGAUGGUAGGAGUGAAAGAAAAUAUGUUGUAAUUUCAAUAAUUCGAUUUUAGAAAAUACUUGAACUAAGCGUUUCUUCGGAUUCGUGUCUCUUAUCUGUGAUUCUGGUCAAAAUAUUAAAAAAAAAAUGUUAAAAAAUGUUAAGAAAGUAUAAUGUGAAAAGAAACUAUUUGCUAUAGUGCCUGAGAUAUUUUAAAUGAGAAGAGAACAUUCUAACUUUUCAUGUUAAAUGCAAAAAUGAAAUAGAAUAACAACAACAUCAAAACACCGUGAAACUAAGAAAAAAAACAAGAAAAUAUCAUACAGUUUCUCAUCAGAACAUCAUAAACAAUUUUUAUUUAGGUUGUCUUAUUUCAAAAAUUGUACGGAGAGUAAAUGCUUUUUAAAGAUCAAUCAAAUUAAUCGGAUUAUCAAAAUUGCUUUUAGGAUUUUUUUUUAAAAACAAUUUGAAGACAAAAGUUAAAACAUUUAUUUCCGUUAAAAACAUAUAUUAAAAUAUUUUGUAUAAGAUAAUCUAUAACUAACCAAUUCCGGCCUCUGCAGAGCAAAAAAUAACAAAGAUAAAAUUGAACACAAAAAGAAAAAAAAUGCAAUAUGGGUUUCACUAAAAAUUUUGUAUUUCAAAUUGACAUUGUAAAGGCAGAAUGUGCUUUUACUUUUCUCACAUUUUGCGCCUCUCAUGAUCGACUUAAACUUAAAAAAUUAUUCUAUAUAUCUAUAGUGACUUUUUCAUUAAAUCAUUGAAAGAAAGAUAAAAAUCCUAUACUCUUUAAAAUCAAAAUCAUAUUUUCGAUGUUGUCGCGUGAAGCAAGAAAAAGAGAAUAUACUAAAAAAAAACACAAAAGAUAAAAUGUUCUGUAUAAAAACUAAUUGUUCAAUGGGCAAUAAAAUGUACAAAAUUUUUGUCAAUAUACGUCUAUUAAUUACUUGCUUGUUUUGUGGUUGAUGUAUUCGCAAAUUUGUUCGAGACUCAAAUUUGGUCUCGUGGUGGAACGACUAGUCAGUCCCCACCGACUAUCAAGGAGCACAGAUUCUGAUAACAAGCCCUAAAUAUGCGUAGAGGUACCAUCCUCUAUGAAGUGAAGUGACAAAUCAUACAUAGUAGAAAGAUGUGUAAUGGGUUCUUGUUGGACCAAGGUCUUCUCCAUGGC